UUAUACUCUAUAAACAUAUUCGUCACCAACUUGCGAGUUGACUGAUAAGACCCAAAACCUAGCCUACCUCUCUCUAUAAAUACUUCAAUUCUUUGAUAUGCUCCCACCCGUGUCUCGAUAACAUGACGGAUCUUCCCACCAUGACAGAUAAUGAAGAUCCAAGUGUGGUCAACAAUGGAGCCCAAUCAAGCCUAUCACAACUUACCAAGCUCAAAAGGUGGCAAUGGUGGACUCUUGUUGUCAUUAACAUAUGUUUUCUCCUCAUUGGUCAAGUAGUUGCAGUCAUUCUUGGUCGAUUUUACUAUGAUCAAGGUGGAAAUAGCACAUGGUUGGCUACACUCAUUCAAACCAUAGGAUUCCCAAUCCUAUUUAUCCCAUAUUUUCUUUUUCCUUCAUCUAAAAAAUCAUCAAAUACAUCAUCCACAUCCGUUUCACUACCCGUUUUAUUCUUGAUCUAUCUUGUUAUAGGCGUCCUUAUUGCUGGUGACAAUAUGCUUUAUUCAGUGGGAUUACUAUACCUUUCAGCCUCUACUUAUUCACUCAUUUGUGCAACCCAAUUAGCCUUCAAUGCAAUAUUCUCAUAUUUUAUAAAUUCCCAAAAGUUUACAGCUUUAAUUUUUAACUCGGUUGUGGUUCUGACAUUAUCCGCUUCUUUACUUGCCAUCAAUGAUGAUUCUGAUAAACCAAAUGGUGUAACAAGCAGAAAAUACGUUCUUGGAUUUGUGGCUACUUUAAGUGCUUCUGCUUUAUACGCGUUUUUACUUUCAAUCAUGCAAGUUACAUUUCAAAAGGUCUUAAAAAAAGAGACCUUUUCGGUAGUUCUGGAGCUUCAAAUCUACACCUCCUUUUUCGCGACAUGCGUUUCCCUGGUGGGUCUUUUUGCUAGCGGGGAGUGGCGGACAUUGGGCGGUGAAAUGGGUGGUUUUGGGAAAGGGGGAGCGGCGUAUAUGAUGACAUUGGUGUGGACAGCUGUCGCAUGGCAGGUGUGUUCGGUUGGUGUUGUGGGGUUGAUAUUUGUGGUGUCUUCAUUGUUUUCUAAUGUGAUUAGUACUUUGUCAUUGGCUUUGACUCCAUUGGCGGCUGUGGUGGUGUUUCAUGAUGAGAUGAAUGGGGUGAAGGUGAUUGCUAUGCUGAUGGGGUUGUGGGGUUUUUCAACUUAUAUUUAUCAGAAUUAUCUUGAUGAUGAAAAGGCCAAAAGAAUAUCAGCGGAUGCAACGGGGGCAGUUUUAUCAGAAGCAUCCACUCCAUUACUACUUGAAUGAAACUGAGCAUCAACAGAAGCAGGAAAUCUGCACCUCCAUAAACAUAUAUAUGCAUCAAAAGAGGUAUGCUUUGACUUUUGUGGUCAAACAAACGAGUCUAAAUUCUGUUGUAAAAUUCAUAUAGUUUGGAACAUCUCCUAAAAACAAUUUGAAGUACGGAUUGGAUUGACUCGUUUGACUAUAAAAGUCAAAAUAGAUCUUUUGUUAUGCAAUGGAGGUGGUGGAUUCCCUCUUAAGGUUAGAAAAUCGGCAUAUUGGAUGUUGACUUUUGGUGGUGGCAGGGCUGUGAACAAGUUAUUGUAGUUGGCUGUAGUGGUGGUGGUGUUACUGUUGUUGUAAUUUGUAACUUAUACUUUUGGUUAGAAGAUGUAUAUAUAUAAAUUGAUGAACGCAUAAUACGUUCCAAAUACAAACAUUGUAUUGCAAUGUUGAUUCUUUUACAAAUGGGGCAUGAAAAGUAA